AUGCGUACGGGGUAUAGCCAGAAUACAGGAGAUCUUCGUUUAAUGGGAGAAUUAGAAGAACAUAAAGGACGAUUAGAAUUUUUUUAUAACGAUACUUGGGGAACUGUGUGUGACGAUUCUUUCGACAAUAUUGAUGCCAGUGUAGCGUGUCGACAACUUGGAUAUUGUUCUGGUAUAAUGUGGACAUCCAAGUUUGUAAAAGAUGGAUAUGGUAAGAUCUGGAUAGAUGAGAUGCAAUGUACUGGAACAGAGAGCAGAUUGAUCAACUGUUCAUUCCAUUAUUAUCAUAAUUGCGGUCAUAAUGAAGAUGUUGGCAUUGAUUGUGAUGUUACAUGUCCUCAGUCUGGUGAUUUGCGUCUAACUGAAAGCGCACAUGAAAAUGACGGACGAUUGGAUAUUUAUUUCAACGGUACAUGGGGAACUGUAUGCGAUUACGCUUUUGAUGACAUUGAUGCGGCAGUAGCAUGCCGACAACUUGGAUAUCGAACUGGUACAGCCAUUCGUUCAAGCCUUAUUGUUGAUGGUUCUGGUAACAUCUGGUUGAAUGGUUUAGGAUGUGAGGGUAAUGAGAGUAAAUUGAUGAACUGUAUUUCUAAUGGGAAUCUGUAUUGUUCCCAUGGCAAUGAUGUUGGAAUCCAAUGUUCAGUUUCCUUACCAAAUGAAUAUCACGGGAAUUUGCGUUUAAUCGGUGGCAGAAGUGAAAACGAAGGAAGACUUGAAAUAAAUCUUUACGAUGAAUGGGGAACUGUUUGUGAUGAUUAUUUUAACAACAUCGAUGCAACAGUUGCUUGUAAGCAACUUGGAUACUGUACUGGUACCGUAUUGAAGGCUAAAAAUGUAGAGGAAGGCAAUGGAACAAUUUGGUUAGAUAAUGUUGGAUGUUUAGGAAACGAAAUGCAAAUAAUUAAUUGUUCAUAUGAUACCUUUAUCACUGACUGUGGGCAUGAUGACGAUGUUGGGAUCGAAUGCUUCAGUACUUGUCCACAAACAGGUGAGAUGCGUAUUAUUGACGGAGCACAAGAGCACGAAGGCCGACUCGAAGUGUAUAUGAACGGUGCAUGGGGAACGAUUUGUGAUGACUUUUUUGACGAUACUGAUGCAACAGUAGCAUGUCGGUAUCUUGGGUACUGUUCAGGAAUGGCGUUGACUGCUCAUUUUGUUGUUGACGGAACCGGUACGAUCUGGAUUGAUGAUCUGAAGUGUUCUGGUAGUGAAGAUAGCUUAGUAACAUGUAAUCAUGACUUAAAUACUGGAGACUGUAGUCCAUCUGAGGAUACUGGAGUCAUUUGUUCGUCUGCUUGCCCAUAUGCAGGCAAGUGUGUUGUUAACAAAUUCUUAAAGAAUAUGUUCAAACUUGUAACAGUUAUUAUUUUAGAAUUCAGAAAGACGCACAAUGAUCUAUGGAUUACAUUACGUCAUACAAGGUCCUAA